CUCUGUUUGUUCUUUUCAUCUGAAGCAAAAUCCGCGAAGUCGAAAAGGCUGUCAGAGUGCCAUGUUAUAUCCUAUACCAAAUUCUUCCUCUGAAUUGGUCGAAACGAAAGUCUCUAGACCACCACCCCCUCCCAACGCUCGACUGGGCUGAGUUCUGAUAUUAUGUCGACCUACACACGGUCUGGACCCUCCAGAUCAUAUCAAGAGUUCAAGGACGAGUCUAGCUCUCGUCAAACAUCCGUCCCUCCACCUACAUUGUGGUCGGAUAAUGAUGAGUGGGCCUUUGGCAGAUGGGCCUUAGGCAGACCUAUACGUCGCCGAGAUGAACGCAUAAAAGUGGCCAAUGUUCCUCACGAAAGACAGGAAUCACACUUUGUUCGAGAUCCUCCUCGAGGGCCCAAAGCAUUGAUAGGCUCUACGCGUGGAGGGUAUAAUGGCGUUGGUCGUGGUCGUGAUCGUGGGCAAGGUGCCGGCUAUCCUCCUUCACGCAGCGAUGCUCGUACGCGGUAUGGAAGUGGCGUUGAUUCGCGCUUCGAUGAUCACAGCAGUUUUACUAGGAGUAUGAAUGGAAUGGCCAUUAAGUCCCCUCAGGGCUCAGUUAGCGGCAAAACGAUUCGCCUGCGCACUGAUGAACAAGGCGACGGACUGCCGGCCGUCAAAGCGGGGGAGGAUCAUACUGCCAACGAUGUAUCUCUAUUACGGAAACAAGGCCGAAAGCGCAAAUAUCCGUCACCUAUGCCAGGGGCUCAGGUCGAGACUGUCAAGGGCAGCCUGAAUAUUCCAUGUAUUUCCUGCAAAAAACGGAGGCUGAGGUGUGAUGGGACGGCACCGACCUGUGAGUACAUAUCGCAAAAAUGGGACAGAAAGUUAUCGGCACAUUUAUCUAAGGAGAUCGGGAAGAGUGGUAAGCAAAUUCUAGAGGAUGGUACGAUUCUUUAGGCCUAGUUCUUGAUCGCCGAUAAAUUUGGCUGACGAAAGCCCAGCUCAUGAGAAGGAAUUCGCCAAAAGAUUGAAGUCCUAUGAGGAGCUGAGAAAAAUAUUCCAGGAUAUACAGAAAAUAAAACCACGUAAACCGUCUAACCCUGCUAUCAAGAGGACAAUAUCUGAAGACUGCACCCAAAGCCCUGGAAGUGAACCGCCACUGAAACUCCAUUGCCUUCAGAUAGAAUCCAAACGAUGGGGAGAGCUACGUGUUGAACAUCUGAAAAGGGUAUCUUCAGGUCCUAGCUGGGCCAUGAAGGGCCUUGAUUCCAUGCGACCUAGUUAGGAACUUCUAUCUAUUAAUACGUCAAAAAAGGAUCAGGAACGUUUAUACCAAAGCAGAAUUCUAUGCACAAGAACAUCGCACUCAGAAAGCACAAACUGGGCUUAGAAAUUCAACGA